GUGGGAAAGGAACGCUCAGACCAUUCAUGAACGUGGUGGAAAAUUCGCGAACAUUCUACAGCGGUACAAAAGAGGAUAACAGCGGAUAGGACGCAGGAUAAUCCCUCAGCGUGCGGAGCAGGCGAACCCAAUUUAAAACUGUUGUGUGAAACGUUGACUACUAGGCUACUUUGGAGUUUCUGGUUACAGUUAUCAGUUGACGCCUUGGUCAACAAUAAUACUUUAUUCUGCAACAACAACAAUCUGCUUCGUCAGCUGAAGUUUAUUCUCAACGAGCUCAAGGAGUUGUAGGACUUUAUCAUCUAUUGGACACAGUCCCGUCUGGAAUAAAGUCACUACAAGCUAGAUGGUCAAGAUGGGGAAGGAUUACUACAGCGCUUUAGGAAUACAGAAAUCAGCGUCUGAAGACGAGAUAAAGAAAGCAUAUCGAAAGCAAGCUCUUCGUUACCACCCGGACAAAAACAAGGCGCCGGAAGCCGAGGAUAAAUUUAAAGAGAUCGCCGAGGCGUAUGACGUCCUCAGCGAUCCGAAAAAGAAAGAUAUUUACGAUCGGUUUGGAGAGGAGGGUCUGAAGGGCGGUGCUCCGUCGGGCGGAGGUCCCGGGGGUCCUGGGGGCCCUGGGGCGCCCAACUUCAGCUACACCUUCCAGGGCGACCCCCACGCCAUCUUCGCAGAGUUCUUUGGGGGUCGGAACCCCUUCGACCACCUGUUCGGCGGCGGCGCCGGCCGCAACGGGGAAGACAUGGACACAGACGACCCCUUCAGCCGCUUCGGCAUGGGGCCCGGGGGCAUGGGGGGCGGGGGCAUGGGGUUCCCCCGCUCCUUCAGCGCCGGGAUGGGGGGUCAGGGCGGGGGCCGUUCGAGGCGGCAGGACCCCCCCGUGGUGCACGACCUCCGCGUCACCCUGGAGGAGGUGCUCACAGGCUGCACCAAGAAGAUGAAGAUCUCCCACAAGCGCCUGAACCCAGACGGCCACAGCACGCGCUCCGAGGACAAGAUCCUGGAGGUGGAGAUCAAGAGGGGCUGGAAGGAGGGCACCAAGAUCACCUUCCCCCGGGAGGGUGACGAGAGCGCUUCCAGCCUGGCGGCCGACGUAGUGUUUGUGGUGAAGGACAAGCCGCACCCAGUGUACCGCAGGGACGGCUCCGACGUGGUGUACCGCGCCAAGGUGUCUCUCAAACAGGCUCUGUGCGGCUGUACCAUUAAUGUCCCCACCCUGGAAAAGCGGACGGUUCCGGUGACGACGAGGGACGUGGUGCGCCCGGGGAUGAAGCGUCGAAUCACGGGGGAGGGGCUACCGCUGCCCAAACACCCAGAUCGCCGUGGCGACCUGGUGGUGGAGUAUGAGGUGACGUUCCCGGAGAGGCUGAGCCAGAGCGCCAGGGACACCAUUGCCGAGGUGCUCCCCUCGUCCUGAACCUGCCUCUCACACGCACUCCGGAACUUUCCGAAGACUCCAGACGUUCUAGAACAUUCUACAGACUUCAAAGGCUCUAGAACCUUCUAUAGACUUUUUUUAAGGCUCUAGAACCUUCUACAGACUUCAAAGACUGUAGAACCUUCUAUGGACUCUAAUGUCUCUCUGGACUCUGAGAUCAGAGGCAUUUUAGAGAGAGACAGGCUGAUGAAUAUAUUACCUAUCUCCUAGCCCCUCUCUCCUGUCUUAGCCCCUCUCCUCUCCUAGCCCCUCUCCUUUCCUAGCUCCUCUCCCUCCACACCCGAGGUUGGGGAUCUCGCUGCUUGGUUCUGAUCUCCGCUAAAGGGGAUUCCUCAGGUUGGACAACGGUGCUGUUGAUGAUGUUAUUGAUGUUGUUUUUAAAUAUGUUUGGUUCAAUCUCUACUGAGAAGAGUCUGGUGUAGAAUUGGAACUGAGUCUGAAUGGGAACUGAGUCUGGUGUAGAAUGGGAACUGGUGCCAAAGUUGAACAGACAUAUAUGGGCUUCCUGUGCCAGCCAGACUCUAAUGUCCUGUGUGUGUGCGUGUCUGCAUGGGUGUGUGUGUGGAGGGAUGUUUUGAGUGUAGCUGUGGGCUUAGUUGCUUGUGGGAACACGGGACUACAAACCUAGAAUGUCUUACUUGUCUGAGGUUCUUACUUGUCUGAGGUUCUUACUUGUCUGAGGUUGGCACAGAAGGCAGAGCGCUGCCGUGUGGCUUCUGCUUCAGGAGAACAUCUUCAAACUCCAAACUGCGUUUGUGGAACAUGAAACGAGAAAGUGCAAGACCAAAUAGAUUUUUUGUUAAUUCAUGAGAAUGUAUUGUAAUCUCUCAUUUUUAUAUAUUGUGAUUACGUCACGUACAGAAAAAAACGACCAUUUUUUUUUUCUGACAUCUGUUUUAUUUGAAAUAAACGUUUUUUUGUGCUUUGA